AAUAACAAUCAAUGAGCGAUAUAGCAUUGUUUGAGUUGUUGUAACGAUUCCUUCAACAUUUUUUAAUUCGUAAGCUCAUGUUCACAACUGUUUAUUAAAGAGUUUUUUGGAAAUGGAAAAUGUUUUUGGAAGAGAAGAACAAGCUUCCAUUGACCUACUUCUCACUUAUAUUUACAAUAAUAUAUCACUGGGGCAGUGGGAGUUAGCAUUUGCUUGCAUCAAAGAAUAUCAUAGAAGACAGAAAAAAUCUACAACUACUAUUAUAGAUCUUCUAAGAUCCUUAUCAAAGAACUGUGAAGAUGUAUGUAAUAGUAGUCAAGACAAUUGGGAAAAUGCUCAACUUUUUUCCUGGUUAUGUGCAAACCAACUGCUAAAUCUUGUGAUUCACGAAGAUCAUGUAGUUUUAAAAUGUGAAGCAGAGUUUAGAUUAUUAUUAACAGCAAAUGGAGAAGUUCUAAAGAUUGGAGAAGAAAAACUUAGUGAAUUAUACGCUUUUUUUAAGUGGACUUGUUCAAAAAGAAAUUACUCUGUGCCACUACCCCUUUCCCCUGAGCUUCAACAAUUGUUGAAAGAAUGGCUAAAUAUUAAUCCAAAAUUUGGAUCUGAAGUAUUAAAUAUUCUAACUGUUGAUCAAAAAAGAAGUGAAGAAAAUAAUAAAAUAAUUGAAAAUCUAUAUAUUGAAACAAUACGGGACUGUUUAAAGCAAAGUCAAAGAGGAGCUGAUGAUGACGAAACAAAACUUUAUAGACUUAUUCAAUUGUAUAAGCCUGAAUUAUCAAGUGAGAAAUUCAAUAAUCUAAUUCCAGAAUUGGUGCUAACUAGUGACGUUGAGAGAAUAUACAAUUAUUUACUGGGAAAAGAUGCUAUUCUUAAACCAUUCCAUGAUUAUAUAGUCAAUCUUAAAAUUGAUGAUAAAUUUCAAGAUGUGGAUUUAACAAAUGACGAAGCCUUUAUAUACGAAAUAUUAACAAAGCCAUCAAUAGAACCGAAUGAUUGGCUUUCACUAUUUCAUAGAAUUAUUCAAAGAAAAUUCCAUGUUAUCGACAUCUUAUUAAAUACUACCAAGAAACUAUUUUCAAGUAAACGCGAAAAAGAUUUAACAAGACUCUUCAAAUCUCCCUUAUUCAUUCCAUUACUACCAGUUACCUUUUGUUUUUUAUGGCAAGACUGUAAUUCUUUAAAAGAUGGUAAAACUUUACUCGAGUCAAUAGAAGAUAUGGAUUUGAAUAAUAUAAGGUUUUCUCAAGUGUUUACUAAAUUGAAUAAUCAUAUACGACUUUCCGAGAAAACUUAUCAAUUAACAAUGAAAUUUGACGAUUCUAUAGAAAUUGAAAAUAAAAUCUUCCAACUGCUAAAAGAGUAUUCAGUUCUGGGAGCCCUAAAGGAAUGCUUUGAACUUGGUGCUUUAGAGGAGGACGACAUUCUUUACGUCUUAAAUCACGCGUAUUCAAUAGAUGAUAAUGACGUUUGGGAAGCCGAAAAAAAUGAUGAUAUUGCUACUUAUAUUAUAUAUUUAAUUAUGAAUAAGGUGCUAGAAGCUCUAGAGUUAUGCAAGGACGAUAUAAGCGAAAUAGAUUAUACGGAAGUUAUAUGGAGAAGGUUAAGAAGCGCUGUGGAAUAUUUCAAGCAACUGAAUAUUCAUAAAAAAGUUUAUGUACUGUUUAAUAUAUUUAAAUUAUUAUUCAUUCGAGCGAAUACAGCAGAUUGUUGGUCGCCAAAUUUAACAAGUACACCAAGAAGUUCAGUUGAAAAUCUAGAUGAACAAGAUUCAAUUACUUCCGAUAUAUCUAAUAAAGAAAGUGACGAGAUUUUCAUUAUCAACGAACUAUUAAUGAGAGAUUUCUUAAGUAUAUUAAAAGAAUGUUUAGCAUUGGUUAAUAUGGAAAAAUCGUAUUUUGAUGAAGAAUUAGAGCGUAAUGUUGCUAAUUUAUCACAUUUUAUUAGCGAGGCCACUUGGCGAUUUGAACUUGUAGGGAGAAAGGAGAUUGUUUUAUCUUCUAUAGGAACAAAACCUGUAACAAACAUGGGUAAAGGUAUUAUUUCUAAAAUGUUAGCUUCACCAGAGAGUUUAGCCGCUAUGUGUAUGCUAAAUAAGGAAGUAUAUAAGACUGAACAAGUUAUUAAAUUAUACAACUUGGAAGAUUCAUAUUUGGAACAAGAAUUUGAAUUUUCAAAGAAGUACGCCAAAACUAUGAAAUCGAUUAAUGACGUUAGUCGCCCAACAAAUUUCGCUUGCGAAUCAAAUCAAGAAGUUGACCCCCUAUGCGAAAUUAAGAAACUGGCUAGAAAAGGUCUACACGUUCUGGAGGUCACUCAACCUUUAGUAGAAUUAAUUGAGAAUUUUCCACCAUCCCUUUUCAACAAUCAGACGUCAUCUCCAUUGGAUAAUGAAAAUAUUAUACAUCCCGCUAUAUUAAACGCUCUUGUGGCCUUAGAUAUUGCAAUCGUUGCCGGAAAUUGUAAAAAGAAUAGUAUUAUUCUACUGCAACACGCCCAAAGAAUUUUAGCAUCUAGACAUCAAUCGGAUGGAAAUGAUAAUUGGCUUACUGAAAAGUUUCCCAGAAUCUUACAACUAUCGAAGCUUAUUGAAAAAAGAUUAGAAGCCGAUUCGGAUUUAACUCAAACAUCUAGAAGUUUAUUAUGUCAAUGUUUAAGUCCAAUAGACGCUGAAAAUUUUGAAAAAUAUUCAAAAUUCGAACAAGUACUGUCAGACUGCAUAGAAAGAAUUGAAAAUGCUUUAAAAUCCUAUUCAAAAAUGCAAACAAAACUUCUUAUUGAACAGGCUAAAAAGACUAGAGAUGAGGAUGCCGAAAUUAUCUCACUUGAACCGGUUAUAACGAAAUCAAUGGAGAAUUUGGUAGAUUGUCUUCAAUCUUUCGAUUUUAUAAAGGAUGGAAUAUUCUCAAUAUUUUGUAAGGAAUUCGAAUCAUCAGGAGAAUUUAGAGAUUAUCUAGGCAGUUUAUUAACUCAUGUUAAAGAAUUAAAACUUUUAACAAAAGGAGAUAUUACUGAUCAAAAGGGAAUUGAAUAUUUUACUGUAUUGGACGAAAUGCCAACUCAAAUUCUUGGACGUUUAAUAUUUAAUGAACAAAUUGCUCCAUUAAAAUUGGCAACAGUUGCAAAUAAGUUAAAUGUCAAUUUGACAAGAGUACUUGUCAAUAAUUGCUGUCCGUUUGUUCCAUCAAAGUUUGAGUUACCUAAGAAAACUUUAGCCAGGAUAAUAUUCGAUUCUAAUUAUGAAAAUAAGAGAUUGGAAGAUAGAACUAGUACAAUUGUUAAAGAUUGUCUUUUUCAAAUUAUUCAACUCAUGAAGAAGGAUAAUAAAGAGUAUCACGAUUUGAGUUCUUUGCACGAAUUUUCGAAAUCUAAUGAAAUAUGGAAGAUUUUAGAAAGAACUAAAAUAUUAAAAUAUUCUCAAUUGAUUUUUUAUGAUAAGGAUGAUGAAAUUGCAUUUUGGAUUAAUUUGCAUAAUUUAUUAAUAUUUGAAUCUAUUUUAUUCGAAUUAAAGAAUUGCGAUUCGAUUAAAAGUUUCGAAGAUACUCCUCUUAAAAGAGAAAUAUUCGAUUAUUUGUAUAGUUAUGCUCUACCAAAAUACGGCAUUCUCAGCUUAGCCGAAAUGCGAAUGAUUUUAAAUAGCUUAAAAAAGAAGUCCCACUACGCCCUGCUGAAUGGGAAACUUUCUGGUCCUGCAGCUGCAGUUUUCUCUGGGAAUAUGAUUAGAAAUCAUAUAAGAACUUUUAUCGAAGAAUAUCUAGAUACAUCCAUACAAGUAAAUUCAUCUAAUAGAGUUAUGAAAAUUCCAGAUGUUUUAUACGAAAUGAUUGAUGAUAUUGAAGAGUUUAUUAAGAAACAUUCAUCAAAACUAAAAGUACUAUUUGAUGAUCCAAAAACGAAAAAGAAACAAAGUUCCUGGACUUUUGAAACGUAUCAAUUGAGUAGAGAAGUUGGUAUUAAAUUUACUUUUGACGUCUGUCAGAAUAAGUCAUCGGAGAGGAGAUGGUCAUCACUGCCAAAUAUUAAUGAAAAUUCUUGGGAAGGGUCAACUGGAGAACCGUCAACAAGUCCCAAAUACGCUUUAACACCACCAAUUCUAGAAUACUUGAAACAGUCGUCGAGCGUUGUUCCAACAUUAGUAAGCUUAUUAUGUUCGGAUGAUCUUGACGAUAUUCAAUACGAUAUGGAUGAAUCAUAUUUUGGUAACGUUUCUUCAGAAGAAUUAGGUAGAAAUGAAGACGAUCUACGAAGAUAUAGAUAUAGAACUCUAAUAGGAGAGUUUGAUAUUUUAGAACGUUUCCUUCUUGUACAUUCCGCUCCUCUUAUAGUUCAUACUUUAUCAAAUGAUCAAAGUAGCGAUGUUAUCCAGUGUAUAACGAGAAUGAAUAUGACGGAAAAUGUAAGAAAAUCAUUCCUCUCUUCGAAUUUAUCAAAUGAUUAUAUUGAAGUUGUCGAUUACGUUUUAAAUAAUGCUCUACGAAAGGAAAAAUAUGCUCAAGUCGUCAGAAUCAUUGAUGAACUAUCACCUUUAACUAUCCAAAGGAGAUCUCAUUAUAAGACAGUUAAAGAUGCUUGCUUAAUUAAAUUAUUGCAGAAGAGUAACGAAACUGAAUCGGCAAGAAUCUUUAAACAGAUUAAUGACAAAGAUUUAAGAUCCAGAAAAUUUAUUAAAGAGAUUGAUAAAUUUAACGAUCCAAGGAUUAUUCUAAAUAUAAUAAAAUGGAUAGGAGAAGAUUCAUCGUUCUCUAAUGAAUUUAGGAAUACAUUUCAAUUGUAUUCCGAUAUAAUGGAAUGUUCAAAAAACUAUGAAAAUUGGAAAGAUAUCGAAAAGGAUUGUAUUGAUAAUGAUGAGGAUAUUCUUUGUUUAUUACUUAAUGCUGAGAAAAUAACAUCGGCCUAUAAUUUUGCGUCAUUAUUUAAUUUAUCAAAAGAAUUACGAAUGAAAAUUGAUGUUAAACAAAUGGAGAUUAUAAUGCGAGAAGAUCGCCUUUGGGAGUUAUCCGCAUCGCAGCAUCUUACAAGCAUCUUUGAAAGAGAUCAAGCGGUAUGCGAAAAUGUUUGUUAUUAUUUCAUAGAAAAUCUGGACAAUAAGGAACAUGCCGCUUUCGUAAUAAACUUUUUAAUUGAUUUUUUCAAAGAUGAUCUCUCCGAAAUUGUUUUGGAAAGAUUGCAAAAAACUUUAGAAGGAUGUCAGAUGGAUUGGAUAGAAACUAUACUUAAAUCUACCAAUUGGAGUCCUGAGCAGAUAAGAAUCUGUGAUCAAUUAUUAAUCGAUUAUGCUGGAAAAUCUUUAACAAUACCAAAUACGGAUUCUUGCUCGGAAAGUGAAUCAAUUAUAUCUGGAGCUUAUUCGAGAAGAACUAGAGUUGAGGAUUCAAGCACUCGUUCUCCAUCAUUUACUAUACCAUCAGUAGCUCCUUCAAUUGAUCAAUGGAUACCUGAUUCAGCAACUACUGUUUGUAUGAUAUGUAACGCUAGAUUUACAAUGUUUGUUAGACGUCAUCAUUGUAGACGUUGCGGAAGAGUAAUUUGUUCAACUUGCUCAUCAAAAAGGAUGAAACUUGGAGAUGGCGAAGAAUUGGUUAGAGUUUGCGACGAUUGCGCAGAAUUACUGUCCAACGAUCCAGUUAAAGUUGAAAUAUGUGAUAAUAUUAGUGAUUUUGCUCCAAAUAUGUACAAAUUAUCGAUAAAUGAACUUGAAAAUGAGAUGCUACGGAAGAAGUUUCAAUACGAAUUCGCUCCAAGUUCAUCUCUAUGUAUAACUAUAUUAAAACUGGUUCAAAACAAACAACAAAGUGUCAAAACUUUAGUAGAAUUGGCGAAAAAUGUCUCUCAAAUGUUAAGACCAUUAAAGAAUGGUCAACGUAAUCCUGAGAUUGAUUAUAGUUUUGUUAUAGAUGUUAUUAAAAGUUUACUUUUCGAGGCUAAAGUUCAACAAAAUACGCUUGAAAUACCUAUUGGAAACGAUAUUGAAUUGCAUUUAACAAGCUUCGAUUUAUUAAACUCGUUAGUCCUUUCAAACUGCCCUAUAAUACCUAGUUUACAUCAAUUAGUUGGACCAAAGCAAGUCUCUAGUUUCAGGGACGAUCUGGUCAAAAAGGAAAGAUUUGUCUCUGCUCUAGAAGUGUCCGGAAAAUUCGGACUAGAUUCUAAUCUUGUAUGGUUAUCUUGGGGUUUGGCAAAUAUUGUUGGAGGUUUUCUAGAGGAGGCUCGCAAUAAAUUAAAAAAGUGCCUUAAAAAAGUAACAAAUAGAGCCGUCCAAUCAAAUGGCAUAAUUUUACAGCAGAUUGUUGAAAAUUUACAAAAGUACGAAAAUAGAUUGCAACUAAAAGAGGCUGUUCAUUUAACAAAUUGGAAAGAUCUUCUAGUUGAUGAUGUUAAGCCAAAGAAUACCGAUUCGGAAAAUUCUAGAGAAUGUCUAUUCUACUUAACAAAUUACGGAUCACAUUCCGAUAUUAUAAAAUAUUUCAUGAAUAUGCGAGAUGUAAGAAAAGCUGUUUUAUACAUUGUUGAACACAAGUGCUCAAGCCAGAUAUUUGUUGAAAAUGUCCUUAUGAAAGCAAAUUCUACAGGAUUAAUAAAUAAUAUGAAGAAAGAAUUAAGAAGUAUUGAUUCGAGUAGAUGGAGUCAAUACAUUACUGAAUCGUGUAAAUAUUGUCAACAGCAGAGAAUGUUCAAUCUACUGUACGAUUUGCAGAUUUUCAUUAAGGAUCAUAUAAGAGCAGCUAUGACUUGUUCUUCAUGCUUAUUCACUCAAACUCCACCUGAUAAGAAGUUAGAUUAUGGAGUUUUAUACAAUCGACUUCACUAUCUUACAACUGCCAUUAAGCACCUUAAAGACUAUCGAGAACAAAAUCAAUCCGGAAGAUCUAGUGGAUCCUCAUCCUUGAUUCUAGAUAUGACUUAUCAAGAAGUGAAAAAGUUUUCAACAACGAUUACUUUACAGAUUGAAGUAACUAAACUAUUUCAAAUAUACCUUGAAAAAGUACAACAACUGCAGAAAGAUAUCCAACCUAAAACGUGUUCAACCCUUCUAGGAAGUACAAGAAUGCAGUCCGAUGUUGUUUGCAUAAUUUUAUUAUGCGGUAACAAUAUCAAUGAUGGGUUUGGAUUAGCUUUUAGAAUUAUUCAAGAAUUACGUUUAGACGCUGAUACUAUUUAUAAAAGAGUUGCCGAGCAUUUAUGCAUUAAUCACAAAUAUUCAGAGAUAAGGCAAUUUCUCUCCUGCAUUAAAGAUUCUGGUUUAACUUCAUUUCAAUCAUUAGAUUCUGUUAUUUUGGCCUGCAUUAAAAAUCUCACUAAGUUGAAUACUGCAAAAGAUAUAAAAGAAGCUGAAAGUCUAAUGAGUGAUAUGAAAACUGAAAAAUUAAAAAUAGAUGCUUACAUUUAUUGCGGUAAAUUAAAGGCUGCAUACUUACUUGCAGUCAAAUUAAACCAGCUGCAAGAUAUUUUGGAAAUUGCUAAAAUAGCUGAAAAAACUGGUCAAGUAUCUGUUAAAAAUAUAUGCGAAGAAUACUUAAAGAAAAAGGGAAUAACUAGACCAUCAUCACAUGAUAAUUAA